UAUAUCCGUAGACCGUCCACCUCGCGACUUCACCACGACAACUCGCCGCCUCUAACCUUCCGCCCCCCGUGCAGACGCCGCCCACGCCCGCCACUGCCAACCCACCUCCCCCCAAAGUACCCCCCAGAGUACCCGCCGGCCGCUUGCUCAGGAGCUUCGAGAACAAGCACGUUCGCCAUGGCUGCGCCCACAACCCAGUCUUUGAAGUGCGUAGUGACAGGCGACGGUGCUGUAGGCAAAACAUGCCUUCUCAUUUCGUACACCACAAAUGCUUUCCCGGGAGAGUACAUUCCCACAGUCUUCGACAACUACUCCGCAAAUGUUAUGGUUGACGGAAAGCCCAUAAGCCUCGGACUGUGGGAUACCGCCGGCCAGGAGGAUUACGACCGCCUGCGGCCGCUUUCAUAUCCCCAGACCGACGUGUUUCUGAUUUGCUUCUCCAUCGUCAGCCCCCCGUCAUUCGACAACGUCAAGGCCAAGUGGUACCCCGAGAUCGACCACCAUGCGCCUGGUGUCCCGAUUAUUCUUGUUGGCACCAAGCUGGACUUGCGGGACGAUGAAAAUACCAAGGAGAGUUUGCGCCAGAAGAAAAUGACGCCCAUCCAAUACGAGCAGGCUGUCAUGGUAGCCAAGGAAAUUAAGGCACAAAAAUAUUUGGAGUGUUCAGCCUUGACGCAGCGAAAUUUGAAGAGCGUUUUUGACGAGGCCAUUCGAGCCGUUCUCAGUCCGCGCCCCAUACAACAGACUAAGAAGAGGAGGGGCUGUGUUAUUCUAUGAAGUGGAGACCCAAGAUUUGGGGUGGGUUUGGGGCACGGUACGCUGGGGAGGGGUGG